AUGGGUUCUAUUGACGCAGAUAAGAAGCUUCAAGUGCUCCUCGUGGGCUCGGGAGGCAUCGGUACCAUGGUUGCCUAUGCCCUCGAGAAAGGAAGCAAAGCCGAGGUAGCCGCAGUUCUGCGGUCCAACUUUGAGGCUGUUUUCGAUAAUGGUUUCACCAUUCACUCGGUCGACCACGGCGAAAUCAAGGACUGGCAGCCAACUUCAAUUCUCGAUAGUAUCCCUUCUGUCGACAAGGAGUCAUGGAGAGCCCCUUACGACUACGUCAUCGUAACCACCAAGAACGUACCCGACAUCCCGCCCAGUAUCCCUGAUCUCAUCGCCCCUGCCGUCACGCCCGGCCACACCGCCAUCGUGCUCAUCCAAAACGGCCUCAAUAUCGAGCGUCCCUUCCUCUCCGCCUUCCCCACCAACCCCAUCCUCUCCGGCAUCACCUUCACCGGCGCCAUCGAGUCGCCCCCAGGAACCAUCAACCACCACAACCACGACCGCUCCUUCAUCGGCGUCUUUAACAACCCUAUCGCAAGCCCAAACCAGAAAUCCCGCGCCAUCGCCGCCGCCCGCCGCCUCGUCGACGCCUACAGCGCCUGCGGCCCCAACGUCGACUGCACUUACGAGCCCGACGUCCCUUACUCCCGCUGGCGCAAGCUGCUGUACAACGCCUCGUACAACGGCGUGGCCGCCAUCCUGGGCAUGGACACGUCGCGCAUGCGCUUCACCGAGCACAUCAUCGACGAGCUGAUCCGGCCGCUGAUGCGGGAGAUUCGGGCGACGGCCAAGGCGGUGGCCGGCGUGGAGCUGAAGGAGGAGCUGAUCGAGAGCAUGAUCACGGCGGACGGGUAUGAUAAGUUCUUUAAACCGAGCAUGUUGCAGGAUGUGGAGAAGGGUAGGUUUAUCGAGUUUGAGAACCUCGUGGGCGAACCGUUCAGGGAGGCGGAGAGGGUUGGGGUGGAGACGCCGACGCUUAAGGUUGUUUAUGGAUUGUUGAAGGGUCUGCAGUUCAAGGCGAGGGAGAGGCACUUAAAGGAGGUGGUGGUGCCCAGGAGUGGGGAGGGAUUGAGGUAUGGAGGUCAUGGAAAGUCUUAGGACAGGGCAUGAAAUGAUGGCUUCGACGUAUCGGAGUGAAUGACUGGAUGUGAAAGAGAAAGGGAACUGAGGGCAUAUCAACUGAAGGAAAAGUAGGGAAGGAAAUACGGGGAGAGAAUAAUACAAAGGUCGCGAUUCAAGCCUAAAGGGAAAAUUCACCACGGUACUUGCAGUAUCAACUUGAAAGGGGACUGGAAAAAAACUCGUGAAACUGCAGUGGUAUAUUAUCAAAAAUCAUCGCCAAAUAUGUACGGCCACUGGGCGCCCUAAACAACGAAACAU